AGCAAAAGACUAUCAAAAGAAUAUUAUCUUGGACUUUUAAGGGACGCAACAGCUUUAUUUCCUUGCUUUGGAUGGUAAAUUCCAAGAAUAUGACAGCGUGUUUAAAUCAGCAUUUUUCGAAGUUUUUAGCUGCAGGAAUCAUAUUAUGCAUUCCGUCAAUCCAAAUUGGAGUAAUUCACAAAAUGCUAUGGGUACCAAAUAAACCUCCUGUGAACAGAAGCGCUUGUCGCUGUAACUGUUUUGAUACAAUAUUUAAAGGUUCGUAUGAACAAACGCACAAAACAGGAUACAAACACAUGUACUUUAAUGCAACUCCACAGAUGCUCGUCAUUUGGAUCAUGGUGCUUGGUAGCAUACUUGUAUCUUAUGAAACAUUAAAACAUUUGUGGGACCUCUAUCAGAAUAGAAAACUAAGAUGGCGGAUGUUCAUCCUUUUUGUUGCUGACGUGUAUCCAAAUUACUUCUCAUUAUGGGCAUAUUUUAAUUACAUAAAUGAUGGAUAUUAUGGACAAUUUGUUCACCAGUUGUUUUUCACUCUCACGGAACUAUUUUCUACGUGGAACAUCAUUUUGAUGUGUUCCACUGAGGCGGAAGUAAAAUCGUGGAGGAUUCUGUGCAUUAUAGCCAUUAGUUCUAUACAUAUUUUCUUGGGAGGAGUUGAUCAGUUUUUCAAACAAUUAAUUUUAUUAAAAGAGAACCCUUCGCAAAGAUUUCGGAGUUUAGUUUUAGUGGUCCCUGACCUCUUGCACGUGAUACUCCCUUUACAAGAACUGGCUUUAAUACGUCAUUCAUCGUGUAGAAAUGCACUUACUCGCACAGAAAUAAUCAAAAUUAUUUUGACUGUUCUCACAGGUUUCAUAAUUGGUAAUUAUAUUUUAAAAGAGGUACAAUGA